GCAGGACCACCCAAGCCGCGUUCACACUUUACCUCUACAGAAGACCUUCUCACUCGAUUCAACCUCCUCCCAGCGUACAACAAGUAUGUUAGGCCGUACUCUGCUCCCGUGGAGCAGCCUACCUCGACAACCAUCAACAAGGGCAAGGGCAAGGAGAAGGAACGGUCCGUGCCGCCUGGAUCAACGCCCCCAAUAGGAGCCGACGGUACAGAAGAGGAGGGAAAGGGAGAGAAGAAGGCCAAGAAUACAUACAGGCAGCUCAUCAAAGGUCUUCCAGGAAAGCAUUCAAUAAAGAAGGAUGACUACCUCACGACGAUGAUACAAGUGCCGCCAAAGCAGAGAAUAGCUAUCAAACGGUUCGACUUGAGGACGCAGCGGGAUGCAUUUUCGGUCUCCCUGGAAGGCAUCAAAGCUUGGAACAUCGCCGCCCUCGUCGAGGAGUCACCGCAGGCGCGGGAGGAUCGGAAGAAGCGGAAAGAGCUCAGGAAAUUUGCGAAGGCUCAAGGACAGGCCGCACUGGCGGCAAUGGGUACACCCCGCGCCACAGGUCUGCCCGUGACACCCGCUACUAUGGCUACCUCCAUCUCCACUCCCACCGCUGCACACACGCCAGCACGAACCGGCACGCCUAAGCCCGCAUCAGGCAUGACGCGGACCACGGCGACUUCAAUAGCAUACCAGAGCGCGAACCCGGUCCAGCACCGAACGCGGACGCCUCUUGGGAUUGGCACGCCACAUUCCAUAGGCACGCCUGCGGCCGGUACGCUCCCCACGCCAGGGCCUACGAACACAUUUACACCCGCACGGAGCACGCCAGGGUCGACGCCUGCGCCCGUGGCGGGCCCAGACUCUGGAGUGGCAAAGCGCGGAGUUAAACGCGAGCGGGAAUAUUCGAUGGAUGGGGUGCAAAUGGGCACGACUACAAAUAGAAUGAGUGGGCAGGCGCAGAGUAUCGGCGUCAAUGGUGGUGGAACGCCGAAGCCGGCGUCGGUGGCGGGCGCGAAGGCAGGUAAUGCAGGAGUUCGGCCGCGACCGCUCAAAAAGCAGCGCAUGGAUGUGCAGGGGCAGUCAAGAGGAAUGCCUUUGCAACAGCCUACGCCACAUGGGUAG